AUGUUCAAGCAGCAACAAUGUAUCUCAUCUCAUCAGCAUCUUUACAAAAGGAAAAGUGUCGAAUGGAAAAAUGAAUUGAGAAAGAACUUUAUUCGACGAUUGCGAGAUGAACGACAGAAAAUUUUUAGCCGUGUACGCAGUGGAUUUGAACGUUGUGAGACUGAUUUGCUCAUUGAAAGCAUAUUACAGAACGAAAUUGAUAAUUUGAGGUUAUCAGAGCACAUCACAGAUAAUGAACUGAACGAAGCUAUUGAAGAAUUCGAACGAUUUCGAGAUGAAAUUAACCAGCAAGAAAUAGAAAGCAUGAUUGCUUAUGAGCAAGAACGACUGGAAGAUUUGGCAAGUGGGUACAAUUCGGUUUUAUGUCCAAGAUGCCAGUUUGCCAAUCUGAAUUUUCCUGAUGAACAUUCAUUGAGAUGUGAACAUUGCAAACUACAACUUCGUUUGGAACAACCGUUACCAUCUCCUCCCGAAUUAGCAUCUCAUUUUACGAAGAUUUUCACUUCCCAUGCAGAUCGAGAAUGUUUAGGAAAUCCUAGCUUAAUACUGCAAGAUACCGACAAAUUAUUUCUUCGUUAUGCGUAUAAAGAUUCGAAGUAUAUGGCUCUAUCGGUUGUUGCAACUGAUUUCCUAGCAUCAGCGUCUGUACGGAGUGGAUCGCAGUCAAGCGGUGCAUCACUUAGCAAAUAG